AUGUUGGGUCGUGGGAAGCCAGUAGCUUCCAUGCAAAAGACAUAUGACGACUGCUAUUUGACAUGCUCGACUGCUGUGUAUUUCGANGGGCCAGGCAGGUUUCGCGAUGGCAGUGGCCAGAUAAAACAGCUGACGGUGAAGCAGAACAACGAGGCUGAAGCUCUCCGAUCAUGGCGCAACGCACUGGACCAGAUAUACUACCACAACGCCUAUCGCAUGCCCACCGGAUGGCGACCACGUUCCGAAACCGAGAAGGCCCUGCAGGAGUCGUUGCGACAGAUGGAGCUGCAAUGCAAAGAGCGCGUGGAUCUGCUGGAGGCACUUCGACAGAGUCGGGAGGAAGCUGCGGAAGGGGAAACACAAGCAAAGGCAACAGCGUCCAGCACAAGCAUCCAACUUCAGGAAAGCGCAGACCAGAACAACACCGCCGGCUUGGGUGGAGGCAGCAUCCCUCCAGUUGGAUACGCCGACAUUUCACGCCCUACGCCUCCUUCUCUUCCAACUCGCACCAAGCGACCAUCUUACACUUCGAAGUCUAGCUCUUCGACUGAUGUUUCGCGCAGUCGCAGGUCACCCCUGCAGCCCGCUGUGUCUGCUUUUCCUACACCAUCGUCAUCAAUGCUGGCACCCCAACCAUCAUCCGGUCAGCGGAAAGGCUCGCGAACCCCUAGUCCGGAGAAGAGAGGAGGUAUGCUGAGGACUUUGCGCGCUGGUGGAAAGGAGAGGACGACUUCAUCCGGCAAACUUGCCAAUGCCACUUUCAGGAGGCCGGCUGCUGCGUCUAAGGCCGCUACUCAAGCAUGGGGCAUCACUCAGCGCAAUGCCAGUGUUGGAAGCUUGGAUCAAGUGAACGGACAUCUGGACGGCCCUCCUAGCUCUGCCACUGUCUGGGACCCUUACACGAGAACGCUUGUCGAUCCUACUAAUACUUCCCGACCAACUGCACCUAGUCACACUGCCUCCGCUCCUCCAGUUCCUCUACAUUCAUCCAGCGACCGUUCAUCUCAAGAGCAUCCAAGACCUGCUCGGAAGCAUGUGCGACCACCAAGCCCAUCGGACUACUUCGUCCAGCCACCCGCUACAAACGGAUCUCAGCAGGAGUCGCAACGCCCACCGUACCCCGAUCAUUCUUUGCUGAACCCAGUACAACCAUCCCAAGCAUACGCCAGCAGUUCCGAACAUCUGGGUCCACCUUCGCCAAUCACUUCUCCUCGUCAGCGACCAAAUGCUGCCUUUACCGCCAAUACUCCUCAAGCGCGAAAGCAAUCGCCUGUUCGUAGACUUGAACCUGUCAGCUUGCCGUCCUAUCGCAACGAGUACCUACCCGUGCAGCCGAGUAAAUACAAGAAUCCGCCAAAUGCCAGGCCGCCGAAAACUUUGAAGGAUCUAGAAAACCAGGUCUCAUCUUCGGUGCCUGCUGCAACAAGUCAGCCAAAACCCAAAGUAGCACCGCCGAUCCCUAGGAAAGCAGUUGGUGUGGUUAACGCGGCGAAAGCACGACAACAGCUAGACGACAGGAACGUCUCAUCAGGAUAUAGCGCGGAUGAACAUAGCAGUGGAAGAGAAAAUUCAACAAGAGUGCGACGGAAGAAAACUACGGCUGUCCAGGAGGAGGGUCCUGCGCCCAUUGUUGAAUCCGUUACCGAACAUCCUGAAGCACCUACGGAGCCGCAAGACGAGUUGUCAGAGUGGGAUGAACGGGUCAAGAGCCUACUCAACAACCUACCCCGCGGCGUAGACGAAGGAGCUGCAAAACAAAUCUUCAACGAGAUUGUAAUCCAGGGUGAUGAGGUACAUUGGGAUGAUGUUGCGGGUCUGGAAAUCGCAAAGAGUGCGCUGAAAGAAACGGUAGUCUAUCCNUUUUUGCGUCCGGAUCUGUUCAUGGGUCUUCGUGAGCCAGCACGUGGCAUGUUACUCUUCGGACCACCAGGAACAGGAAAAACCAUGCUUGCCAGAGCUGUCGCAACGGAGAGUAAAAGUACAUUCUUUGCCAUCUCCGCUAGCAGUUUGACGAGCAAGUACCUUGGCGAGAGCGAGAAGCUCGUACGCGCACUAUUUUCUAUCGCAAAGGCACUGGCACCAUCCAUUAUCUUCGUCGACGAAAUCGACUCGCUGCUCUCGGCGCGUGGUGGGUCGAGCGAGCACGAAGCUACUCGUCGCAUCAAGACCGAAUUCUUAAUUCAAUGGAGCGACUUGGCAAAAGCAGCUGCAGGCAAAGAAACAAGCGAAAAGGACAAAGAGCGAGGUGAUGCGAGUAGAGUAUUGGUAUUAGCGGCUACCAACUUGCCCUGGGCAAUUGAUGAAGCAGCGAGGAGACGAUUUGUCAGAAGACAAUAUAUCCCGUUACCCGAGGACUGGGUGCGCAAGCUACAGCUCACAACGUUAAUGGCGGCGCAAAAGCAUAACAUCAGCGACGAAGAUCUGAAUGAGCUGGUGUAUUUGACUGAAGGUUUCUCAGGAAGUGAUAUCACAGCUUUGGCGAAAGACGCCGCCAUGGGACCUCUACGCUCUCUAGGAGAAAAAUUGCUACAUAUGUCGCCAGACGAUAUUAGGCCGAUCGAUGUGACAGAUUUUAAGGCCAGUCUAACCAACAUUCGACCAAGUGUGUCGGCUUCUGGACUCAAGGAGUUUGAAGACUGGGCCAAGGAAUUCGGCGAGCGUGGUGGUUAA